GGGAAGAAAAAAAAAAACCAUUAACCAGCAGAGCAAGAGGUAGUAGUAAAUUGGGGCAAAAUAGUUUUAAAGGGCUUUGACAGAUGGGUCACUGUGCAUGGUGACGGACGGUAAUCUCAGAUUCAAAUUCUUCAACUUCUUUUCUCCAAUCAUGUAAUUCGGUUUCCACUGCACGCAAAUAUCUCUUAUGUCAUUUCUUUGCUGUGUUAAACUUUUUGUUUGAUUCGAAACGCGCGCAGGUUCUAGGGUUUCGAUUUUCGAGAUUUAGGAGCUGAAUUGCACUGAAUUUUUGAAUUUCAACUGUUUUCGGAUUGCUCAGCUUCUGUAGAUCCGUGGCGGGAUUUUGCUCACUUCGAAAUUCUGCGACUCAAAAAAAUAAAAUUGAGAGGAUCCAUUUCCAAACUUUGAGGUACAAGGGGUUUCCUGAAGCAAAGGUGGCUUGCUACAGAAUCUAGUCAUUGUGGUUAAAUCGUUUGUCUUUUAGCUAAGUGUGGAGGCAAACUUAUCAAGAGUUGGAAAUGAUGGAGUGCAACAAAGAUGAGGCAGUUAGGGCCAAAGAAAUAGCAGAGAGGAAAUUUUCUGAAAGAGAAUAUAUUGGUGCAAAGAAAUUUGCUCUCAAGGCUCAAAAUUUGUAUCCUGAUUUGGAGGAUAUUUCCCAGUUUUUGACUACUAUUGAUAUUUAUAUCUCUGCUGAGAACAAAGUAAGUGGAGAAAUGGAUUGGUAUGGUAUACUUGGAGUGAGCCCCUUUGCUGACGAAGAGAUUGUUAGAAGGCAGUACAGGAAGCUAGCUCUCACCCUUCACCCUGACAAAAACAAGGCUUUAGGUGCAGAGGGUGCAUUUAAGCUGGUUUCAGAGGCAUGGAGUUUGUUAUCAGAUAAGACCAAGAGACUAGAAUAUAACCAGAAGAGGAGUGUGAAAGGCUUCCAACAUAAUACUCCCAACCGUGCUGGGCCUCCAUCCGGUGCACCAAGUUCAAAUGGUUAUUAUCAUUAUAAAAAGAAUGCAACUUCAAAUGCAAGGACUGGAAAUAAUAAUGCUCGGGCACCUGCAACUUCGGUCCCUCCACAGAAAAAGGCUGAAACCUUUUGGACUAUCUGUAAUCGGUGCAGAACACAUUAUGAAUAUCUCAGGGUUUAUUUGAAUCACACCCUUCUAUGUCCAAACUGUAAUGAAGCUUUUGUGGCUGUAGAGAGGGGUCCUCCUCCCAAUGUUUUCAAGCCAUCAAGUUUGUCCUCCCAUCAACAGCAUCAGAGUUCUCGACGUCAAGCUGGAAGUAAUAAUACAAACCUUCAGUGGGGUUCUCACUCCAGAAUGGCUGGUUUUGGUAGCACUGAUGGAUCGUCAUCUGUUGCUGCUCAAGCUGCGAGUGUUGUGCAGAAGGCAAGUGAGAAAGUGAAGAGAGAGGGAGCACCAUCAAUUGCUGAAUGGGAGAGGAUUCAAAUGUCUAAGAGGGCUGAUGGCUCUUUUCAUAAAGUUGAAAAACCUAUGAAGAAAAUGAAGACAGAUGAUAUUCGCAUUAAUGGUUAUGCAGGAUAUAUGGCAAGUCAUAUGGCUACGGGACAUGGAGCAGCAGGUUUGGGCAGUUCCUCUGAAUCAGGAAAGGCCAACAUCGAAACAGAAAGGAUUUAUGGGUUUUCAGGUCUUGCUGGAAAGCAUUACAGCACGAGAGAGUUGCCAUUGUUUGACUUACGAAACAUGUUGAUCAAUAAGGCACAAAAUGAAAUUCGUAAGAAACUUGAAGAAUGGAGGUUAACGGCUGAAGCUAAAGUUAUCAACAAGGACAAAGAGAAUAAGAGGCACAAAAAUACAUUGAAUGACAAAACAACUGUUUCAGAGAAGUAUCAACAGUCCAAUGUUAAUGGUAAUAAGCAUUUUGAUAUUGAUUCUUUACCUGUCACGUCUGAUGAUACAGUUAAGAAGAGCCAAGCCUAUGUUACAAUCAAUGUUCCAGAUCCUGAUUUUCACAAUUUUGACUUGGAUAGAGCUGAAAGUUCCUUUGCAGAGGACCAGGUAUGGGCUGCUUAUGAUGAUGAUGAUGGAAUGCCUAGAUAUUAUGCUAGAAUUCACAAAGUGAUCUCAAUAGAGCCGUUUAGAAUGCGGAUCAGUUGGCUUAACUCUCGAAACAACAGUGAAUUGGGCCCUAUAGAUUGGGUAGGUUCUGGUUUUUAUAAAACUUGUGGGGAUUUCAGGACCGGCAAGCAUGAAGUAACUGAAUCAUUAAAUUCAUUUUCGCACAAGGUUAGGUGGACUAAAGGCACUAGAGGAGUUGUCCGCAUCUUUCCGGGAAAGGGGGAGGUCUGGGCUCUUUAUAGAAACUGGUCUCCUGAUUGGAAUGAACAUACUCCAGAUGAAGUGAUACACAAGUAUGACAUGGUGGAGGUGCUUGAUGAUUUCAGUGAAGAGCAAGGUAUAUCAGUUACUCCCCUUGUUAAGGUUUCUGGCUUUAGGACAGUAUUUCAAAGGCAUAAGGACCAGAAUGAGGUUAAGAGGAUUCCUAAAGAGGAGAUGUUUCGAUUCUCUCACCAGGUUCCUAAUCACUUGCUCACCGGCAAAGAAGCUCAGAAUGCUCCAAUGGGUUGUCGAGAGUUGGAUCCAGCAGCUACUCCUUUAGACCUCCUUCAGACAGAAACAGAAGCUAAUGAGUCAACAGGUAAUAAUGUUUAGAAAGCCUGAGGAAGACACAUAACCCAUUGUUCAGUUCACCUGAAGAACAUGCAUUUGGAAUUAGAGAGAGAACGCGUCAAAACCUUGUAGAGCAGAAAUGUUCAAACGAGGAUUGUAAACAUAAAUGGAAUGGUAGAUGACAAUGCACAACAUGGUGUAACUGUUGAAUCAACAGGCUUGGGAAAUUGAAAUGCAAAAUCGAUGAAAAUACACCCUCUUACUGGACUCGCUUGAUUUUGUAAGCCUGGCCCAGAUAGUUAAUCAAAGUGAUCCACAGCUUUUCGGUUUUUAUUGUAUAAUUUUUCAUACAUAUUAUUCCUUGACUUUAUAUGGAUGUCCAUACUCAUGGUGAACCCAGUUAACAUUCAUCAAUCUGCAAGCAAGAUGGUUAGACUGUUCUGGGAUUUCACGCUUUCUGUGUCUGGGGACAGGCCUAUUCUAUUUAUGAGUUUUUCUUACAUAUGAUUCAUUUUCUAAUUGCAGUUUUAUACGUGAUGCUGA